ACAAAAUCUUAUGUAUCACACCUUGAGCACCUGUCACCUUAACUACCCAUAUGUAAUCAAAUCAAGGUACUACCCCUUUUGCAUAUAUAUGUGUAUACAUGCCCUUCCAUUUCUGCACUACUGGCUACCUACACACAACGAUUAGCUUGAGACACUAGAGCAAGAUGGCUAGAUCGUCGUGGUUCAUGGUUCUUGUGCUGCUGCUUGUCUUCGCCCUCUCCGCGCGGCUGAGCGAUUCCGCCCUGACGCCGGACUACUACAACAGGACGUGCCCCGGCGUGGCGAGCAUCGUGAGCGGCGUGGUGAGGCAGAAGAGGGACGCCACCAUCCGGACCAUCGGCUCCACCAUCCGCCUCUUCUUCCACGACUGCUUCGUCGAAGGCUGCGACGCAUCGGUGCUGAUCCAGUCGACGCCGGGCAACCCGACGGAGAUGGACGCCGACGACAACAAGUCCCUGGCGUUCGAAGGCUACGACACGGUGCGGGGCGCCAAGGCCGCCGUGGAGGCCGCGUGCCCCGACCAGGUCUCCUGCGCCGACAUCCUCGCCCUCGCCACGCGAGACGCCAUCGUCCUGAGCGGCGGGCCCUUCUACGAGGUGGAGCUGGGCAGGCUGGACGGGCUGAGCUCCAGCGCCAGAAGCGUGGCAGGCAAGCUGCCGAACCCGAACCACAGCAUGAACCAGCUGAUCGCCAUCUUCAGAGCCCACGGGCUCACCAUGUCGCACCUGGUCGCCCUCUCAGCGGCGCACACGGUGGGCCUGGCGCACUGCGGAAAGUUCGCGAGCCGGGCGUACAGCAGCCCGCCGGACCCGACGCUGAACCCGAAGUACGCGGCGUUCCUGCGGAGCCGGUGCCCGUUCGACCGGUCGUCGGACCCGACGGUGUUCAUGGACCAGGCCAGCCCGGCGCGGUUCGACAACCAGUACUUCCGGAACCUGCAGGACGGCGGCGGCCUGCUGGGCUCCGACCAGCUGCUCUACACCGACAACCGCACGCGGCCCAUGGUGGACUCGUGGGCCGCCAGCGACGCCGCCUUCAGCAAGGCCUUCGUCGACGCCAUCGUCAAGCUCGGCCGCGUCGGGGUCAAGUCCGGCAGGCAGGGCAACAUACGCAAGCAGUGCGACGUCUUCAACUGAUUGAUGAUAUGUCGUAUCGUGAAAGGGACCGGCCGAUGCGUAGGUGCCUGUGUGCCCAAAAAUGUGUUGUUUGUGUGCGACACAGAGAUUUCGUUCGGUUUUCUGGUUCUGCGUGGUUUGUGAACUGUACAUGCGUGAUUUAUGUUGUUUUAUUCGUUGCUCGUGAAUGUGCGAGUGAUGCACAUAAGUUGGAUUCGAUCGAGUAAAUAAAUAAAGCUCCACCAAAAUGUACGUAAUGGGGGCACAUGAGUGCUACUACUA